UUUUUUGAAACAUUCCGCAAAAGUAAACAAAAACAUUCAGGAGAUAAUUUUUUUCAAUAAAAAUAAUAGGAAUUAAAAUUAAAUAAAUGGAAUCCCAAUCACUGUACAAACUCAUUCAUCCGGUUAAGUACUACCGCGAUCAUCUAAGCCAGAAUGUUCGUCCCGAUGGCAGGAAGUUCCUCGAAUAUCGACCAAUUUCGGUGAAUGUGAACUCCAUUGGGACGGCAGAUGGGUCAGCAAUUGUUAAGUAUGGUGAGACAACGGUGAUUUGCGGCAUUAAAGCAGAACUAGCAGAGCCACGUGCUGCAGAACCAGAUUCCGGCUAUGUGGUGCCGAAUAUUGAGUUGACACCACUCUGUUCGCCAAAAUUUCGCCCUGGGCCACCAACAGACGAGGCACAGGUAUUGAGUAAGAACCUAAUGGACAUCCUCGUGAAUUCCAAAUGUGUAAACCCGAAGGAUCUCUGUAUUGAGCGUGAGAAGUUGGUUUGGGUGCUAUACUGCGAUGUUUCCUGCUUCAACUACGACGGUUCCGUCCUUGAUGCUGCCAAUUUAGCUCUAAUGGGAGCACUACACUGUUGCACUUUACCCGAAGUUAUUUAUGAUUCAACCACAAAAACCUACAAGGUCAACUGUGACAAAAGGUCAAAGCUCAAAGUGCAGUCAAUGCCCAUUUCCACAACCUUCAUGGUGUUUGACGAGAAAACCGUCGUGGCUGAUCCGACGGCGGAUGAAGAGGAGCUGGCCAGUAGCAUCACCAAUGUGACCUCAUGCAAUGGCGAAAUUUGCUUCUUCUACAAAUCCGGCGGUAGUACCGUGGAUACCACGGAAAUGGAACUCUUCAUGAAUCAUGCAAAGUCUCAGGAAACUAAAGUGGCCUCCCUCCUCAGGUCAGUCCUCAAAUCAUCCGAAAGUAAAAGAAUACUUUGAGGUCACACACUGAUUUUUAUUGUCAAACGAUUUUUCUAUCUACAAAUUUACGAAUAAAUUUUCUUUUUUUAA